UGUUGCAAGUUGCAAUGUUGACAGUUCCCAAUAAAAACAUCUAAAAGGUGUAUCGGAAAAUUCGGAAUUGAUCAACCGAGAAAUGGAUAUAGACAAACCGAAGAAAUAUAAAAUCUGCGUCAGUAAACAUGUGAGUAACUCAUGAGCAGCCUACCGAAACCAAUUGGCUCCGGGGCAAGCCAAAAAUUUUACCACAGUACCAAGGACCCCCCCUUGUUUUUUAUUAUGAUGCGUUUGAACGUAAAAGUCGCAUUGUUGUUUCUGACAACGAUCGGUUUCUUCACCGUUUUGAUCUUAUGGUCGGUUUGCGGCAAAGAGCCGAAAAAUUUGCAAGACUGGAGGAGGACUGGUAAAUUCAGUUUGGACCGAUUGGCUGAAUUGCAGAGUGCUGAAGAAAUAGAUUGUGAUAUAAAUGGCGAAUAUGUCAUAGGUUGUAGGAAAGAAGGAGACGAAGUCUACCUACCAUUCUCGUUUUUGCAUAAGUAUUUCGAAGUUUACGGAAAGUUAGCCACUUAUGAUGGUUUGGAAAGGUUUGAAUGGUCGCAUAGUUAUAGUAAAGUUUAUCACCCAAAAGGGAAAUAUGAUUCUCGUGGGGUCUUCAUGUAUUUUGAAAAUUAUAACGUCGAAGUGCGAGACAGGGUGAAAUGUGUAAGUGCGAUCGAGGGAGUUCCUAUUUCGACUCAAUGGGAAAGUCAGGGUUAUUAUUACCCAACGCAAAUCGCCCAAUUUGGGCUAUCUCACUACAGUAAGAAUCUCACAGAGCCGGAACCAAGGCGGAAAAUAAUUGAAGAUGGCGAGAGGGAACUGGCGAAAUGGGUAGUUCCCCAUCCCGGUACUGUCGAACGGGUCAAUGACAAAACCGCUGGCAGCAAAGUGUUAAGAUUCAAAACCGGCGAACUUUAUUUAGACGCCAUCAAGCUGAAAAUGGAGCACGUACUUGAUUUUAUAAUGAGUCUUAAUAUCGUUUUAAGCGGCAAUAGUAGUUUUAGUGUCGUUUUACAAAAUCGGGAAUCUCGCGAGAUUUACAAUCUUCACUAUAUCACCUCCGAUAUACUCAUCACGGUGCAGGACAAUAACGUGUACCACGGACUCGGUUUAAACCAAGAAUGGAAAAAAUUAACCCGCGAUCUCAUCGUCGACUUACAAAAGGGUUUAAACUACCUCGAUAAAGACAAAUCUAAGCGCAAGAUACCAAAGUCAAAGCUGAAGAUAAUUACAAUUUUAUUACGGGGUUAUGGCGCCAUCGACAAUCUCACUUUAUCAUCUUCCGAACAUAUCCAACAAUUUUAUGACGCCGCCGAAUGGUUUGUGAGACACCAAGACACCGAAACUGGAGGAUGGCCUAUUCCGGUCAAGAGAAAACUAGCUUCAGGUUUCCACGACUUGCAAUCAGGUUGGUACUCUGCAAUGGGUCAGGGCCACGCAAUUUCUGUCUUGUCCCGGGCCUACCACCACUCUGGUGGAGACACUCGCUACUUACAGGCAGCUCUCGCAGGUCUCAAACCUUUUCAAGUACCAAGUACCAAAGGAGGCGUCCUGGCGACGUUCCUCAACAAGUACCAUUGGUAUGAGGAGUAUCCCACGAAACCGGCAUCUUUUGUCUUGAACGGUUUUAUUUACUCUCUUCUCGGAUUAUACGACUUGAUGACCAUAGCCCCACCGGGGCAAGCAGACGAGGCCGAGUUUCUUUUCCGAGAAGGGAUGAUUUCCCUAAAAGGAAUGUUGCUGUUUUAUGAUAUGGGUAGUGUUACUUCGUACGAUUUGAGACAUGUGACGCUAGGUGUAGCCCCGAAUUUGGCUAGGUGGGAUUAUCAUGCCACACAUAUCAAUCAGUUGUUACUUUUAAGUACUAUCGAGAAUGAGCCAUUGUUUGCUCAAACCGCCGAAAGAUGGAUUGGAUAUAUGGCGGGAAAAAGAGCAGCCCAUAAUUGAAUUGUUUAUUUCAAUGGUUGUGCGAAACUUGCAGCGUUUGUCGGGUAUUUUUAUUCAGUAUUUUUUUGACUCUUCUUUUAAUUUUUGUGCCAUAUUCAAAGUAUUUACAUCGGAAUAUUCCGUUCUUUGUUGUUUCUGAACUACCAUGAAAUGGUAGUUGUUGCGAUUUGUUUGUUGUUUGAAUGGACCAAAUUAGCUUCUUCAGAGUUUACGUUCGUUGUUUAGUAUUAAGUUUUUCGGUACCUUGUUAGGCUUGAAGUUUAAGAUUUUAUACGUUUUUUACCUAUACUUCCGACUAGUGUUCUAAAUCUAUGCGAAUUCAACAAAUUAAUAAAAUUCAAUUAAAAUGUUGUCUAUAACAAUAUCGGCUGACAAUCUUAGAAAGUAAAAAAUUCUCUCGCAUAGAUUUUAAACUACUCAUUUUUCGACGUAGAUCAAUAUUUCUUCAAAGACUAAAUAGCGGAAUAGGAGAGUCAAUUAUAGAAAGUAGUGUAAAAAAGUUGUACAUUAAAAAUGGAACUUAUGUCAAAAAUUGUGUACAUAAUAUCAUCUUGUAUAAUGUUGCUGCAAUCAUAACGUUUAUUGUUAGGGGAAGAAACGUAGGAGAUUUAUAAGUCUUUUACAGUGUAUAACGCAAAACUUAAUCUAUUGGAAAAGAGCUUACUAGUUUACCUAUACCAGCAAUGUAGUAGGUCUGUCCAAGACGUAGUCCUGGACAGUCAAGAACUUCCAAAAUGUCCUGCCUAAACCACGAUCAACUAUAUAAUGUGUUCAUAAACAGCACUAAUUGUUAAUUUCCGCGGCCGCAAUUUACGUAUACCUACUCUUCAAAUGUACUUUCAAUUUGCCGUCCUUCGAAGGCUUAUUUCUGGGUUUUUUUCACUAAAAGCCUAAUAAUUCUAAUACGUUAAGUAUGCGAUGUGAUAUUAUUUACGAACUAACUGUACUUAAUUUUGUAUUGUUAGGUUUGUUUAAAUCGGGGCACUGCCAAAUGUUUAUAAUCUCGCAGAGAGGUGUCACCAAUCUGCACUCUAUCAAUGUUUGAACUGUUGGAUCCAAAAUUAAGUGACUGGGACAAUAACACUUAGGGAAAUAUAUUAACCUAAAAAGCAAA